AUGGCUUCAGGAACGGUGGACCCUGACGCACCGCGCGAGGCGCCGACAUCGUCGACCCCAUCGAGGAAUGUCGAACCUGGUCGGGAUGAUGUCCACAGGAAGGACAAGCAGCCCGCGGCCCCCAGUCGACCGUCUCAUUCGCGACAGUCGAACCCGUUCGUCAUCACCGAUCACCGAGAAGACAGACGGACGCCGGUUUCAAAUCACAGCCUAAGCGUCCAAGACUUUGCACUGUUGAAGACCCUCGGAACGGUCAUCAAGCUGAAACAGGUUGAGCAUUUGGACUACUGCCCCGGCGGGGAGAUCUUUAGCUACUUGCGACGUGCGCGGCGCUUCAACGAAAACACCUCCAGAUUCUAUGCCGCCGAGAUCACGCUCACCAUCGAAACAUCCUGUUGGACGCAGAAAGGACACAUCAGGCUGGUCGACUUCGGCUUUGCCAAACAAGUCGGGAAUCACGAAACAUACACGCUCUGCGGAACGCCAGAGUACCUCGCGCCGGAGGUCAUCCACAACAGCGGCCACGGGCUUGCCGUCGACUGGUGGGCCCUGGGGAUCCUCAUCUACGAGUUUCUCGUCGGCCAACCCCCCUUCUGGGACCAGAACCCCAUGCGCAUCUAUGAACAGAUCGUCGAAGGACACAUCCGCUUUCCGCAGAGCAUGUCGCCAGCCGCCCAGAACAUCAUAUCCCUCUUCUGCAAGACAAACCCCACCGAACGACUAGGCUAUAUCUCGGGCGGCGCUGCGCGCGUCAAGUCACACCCGUUCUUUGAGGGGAUCAAUUGGGACGACCUGUUCUACCGCCGGGUCAAGGGCCCGAUCAUCCCCCGCGUGGACCACCCGGCCGAUACGGGCAACUUCGAAGACUACCCCGACCCCGACCCCAAGACGCAGACUGUCUACACCGAGGACAUGAAGAAGAAAUACGAGACCUUGUUCAGCGAUUUCUGA